CGGCGCGCAGCGCAGCCCAGCCGAGCCUCGCGGGGCCGCCGCCAGCCCUGCCGGCCGCCUCCCGAGCCUCCCGGGGGGCGCCGGGCCUGCCGCCCCCCGCGGCCCGCAGACAGCUCCGCGGGAACCGGCGGGCGCGCCGCGCUCCUCGCCGCCGCCGCCGCCGCCGCCGCGCGCGUCCUAGGGCCCUAGAGGCCACGGGCAUGAUGCUUCGGGUCCUGGUGGGGGCCGUCCUCCCCGCAAUGCUACUGGCUGCUCCGCCGCCCAUCAACAAGCUGGCACUGUUCCCGGACAAGAGCGCCUGGUGUGAGGCCAAGAACAUCACCCAGAUCGUGGGCCACAGCGGCUGCGAGGCCAAGUCCAUCCAGAACAGGGCGUGCCUAGGACAGUGCUUCAGUUACAGCGUUCCCAACACCUUCCCGCAGUCUACGGAGUCCCUGGUUCACUGCGACUCCUGCAUGCCGGCCCAGUCCAUGUGGGAGAUUGUGACCUUGGAGUGCCCCGGCCACGAGGAGGUGCCCCGGGUGGACAAGCUGGUGGAGAAGAUCGUGCACUGUAGCUGCCAAGCAUGUGGCAAGGAGCCCAGCCACGGGCUGAGCGUCUACAUGCAAGGCGAGGACACGCCAGGCUCCCAGCCGGGCACCCGUCCCCACUCCCACCCAGGCGGGCAGACCCCCGAGCCUGAGGAUCCCCCCGGGGCCCCCCACGUGGAGGAAGAGGGGGCUGAGGACUGAGGCCCCAACUCCUCCUCCCCUCUCGUCCCCUGUGGAAUGUUGGGUCUCACCCUUGGGGGAGCGGUGGGGAGAAAGGCCGGAGCCUCCCUUUGGCACUGGAUGGACUUGGAUUCAGACUUGGACUUGGAACGCUUUCCGGUUGCCGUGGAGAUCUGAAGGGAGGGGUUGGGGCCAAGCUGCACAAUUUAAUAUAUUCAAGAGUGAGGGGAGGUAGCAGAGGUCUUCAGGGUUCUUUUUCGGGGGGGGGGGGCGGUGGUUCUCUUCCUUUCUGCCUCCUAGAGAUAUGCCUUUGGGAGCAGGAAGA